AUGUAUCUGGAUGUGAAGGAGGUGGAUGUGUGUCUGGGUUUUGGUGCAGAUGUGACAGAGCCCAACAGCUCAGACAGUCGCGGAGAACGUCUCGACUUCUUCCUCAAACAGGAAGAAGCUCUGGCAAUGGGCGAGGCCAACUUCCUGGGUGCCAGCGAAUCAGAUGAGGCCGGAGGUGGAACCGGGGGCAGGACUACCCCAUUGGUAGCCAAUCUGAGGGCAGCGUUGAUGAGCAAAAACAGCCUGCUGUCGCUACGGGCUGAGAUGCUGGGAGACGAUAACCCUGUACUGUUUGAAUUCAUGCCCAAAGGAGGACACUCCCUUUCACGCCUCCACCACCAGCAGCAGCACCUCCGAAGUGCAACAAUCCGACCAGGGGCCACAACAGGGGCCACAUUUGAUAGCAAACAAGGGGCUGCUUCCUUCUCCUCUUCCUCUCCUCUUCCACUUCUCCUCCCACCUCCUCUUCCACCACCCCCGCCAUCCUUCCUCCGUCCGCCCACACUCCCCCUGCAGCCCUCUGAGGCCGGGCCCCUGAUGGCCCUUGGAUUGCGGGCUGGGGGACCCCUCGCAGCACUCCACUCACACUCAGAGGAGCUGGCUAUGAAUGUAGAAGAGAAUCCUGAGGGUCCCGAGCCCCAUGAGCCCCCACCAGAGGUAAGCAGAUACAUCCAUGUUCACCCCUGGUGGAAGUUGGCCCUUAAGACACUGAUCUAG